AUGCCGCCACAUCAGUGUUUGGAUCACUUGAUCCUCUUUGUGCCCGCAGACCCGCAGACGCUACUCCCCCGCGUUCCCUCGUACUUGUCAGAGAAUUUCACUCUGACUCCUGGCGGUUUCCAUGCCGAUGGUGCAACAUCUAAUGUUCUGAUCAUUCUCUCGGACGGCUGUUACAUCGAGCUGAUCUCCUUUGUUCCCACUGCCCCGACAUCACUCGUGUCCAGCCACUGGUGGGGUCCUUCUUCCACAUUUGUUGGCUGGAAAGAUUGGUGCCUGACCAACAGCCUGCCUCCAUCCCAGAACUAUGAUGACGUGAGGGAAAGCCAUGGGGAGCCAAUUCAUGGGGGGAGGAAGAGGGCAGAUGGUGUGCAAGUUAAGUGGAGUGUCACGUUUCCGAGAGGAGACAAGGGCGGACAAGACCUAAGGGGACGGGUACCGUUUUUCUGCCACGACGAAACAGAAAGGGGCGUGAGAGUGCCGAUGGACAAGGAGAAGACGACGCAUGCAUGUGGGGCAGUGGGAGUCAAAGAGCUGACGGUCAUCGUGAAGGAUCAAGAUGUGCUUGAGCAGACACGCAAGGUGUACCGAGCCAUCAUCGGCGAUGAAGGCCAGAAAGAGAAAUGCGAAUCGAGGUUUAGACUUGGCCGUGUGCAGGGCGUGGCAGGGCUCAAGGAGGGCGCAGAAGUUGUGCUGCGGCUCCCGAGAAACGAAGAGGAGGAAGCACGGGUUGCAGAAGGAGGAUUCUGGUAUGGCGACGUUGUCCUUUACAGAACGGCGGGGCGUGGGGAAACGGACAAGACAGGAAAAAGAAUGGAUGCCGAGGACGGGGACGGGGGAGUGGGCGGGUUGUGGCUGGAGGAAGUGGUAGGGCUGUGA